AUGGGUAGAGUAGAGCAAGCCAAGCAGAUCCGGAACACCUACUGGCCCGUAUUCUCCAAAGAGGAACGACCCAAAUAUGACAAUAAACAGGCAAACCGUCGACGCACACGCAACCCUGACAGCAAUCAAGCCGUCACGAUACCGGAUACCCCCAUAGCAGAACCCCCAGGUCAAGCAACCAACACCCUGGAGCCACCGAUGAGACAGGCAGUACAUACCUCUCAGGAACCUCAUGCAUCCCCGGAAACCAGAGCGAGACCAGCACCUAUCGAUAUACCCAGUGUAGAGGAGUGGACGACACCGGCGACGCAACAAGAGGACACAGAGCAACAUCCGCUCAUCGACCCACAGAUACUGGCAACAGAACCACCGCCCGCGAUUAUCGUCGCAGAGGACGACGUCCCGGCCCUGGAGACCAAUGAAAUAGCACCAGCAGAUGCAGAGUCAGCUCAGGCAUCUCUAUAUCCUCUUGAUGGAAUACAGGGAGAGCUCAGCAUGGACGACGCAGACGCCUGGCUGGCCAACAUAGCAAUCAAUGACGGCAACGAUUGGCUACCUGACACAGCAGAAACCGAUGCAAUAGGGACUGAGAUAUCCCCACCUACCUCCAUGGCGACCGACACUCGCACGGCUCAAGGAAAGAUCUACAAAGCAUGCAGAUGCCCUCAGCACCAAGACAUCUAUGACACCUGGCCGACACGCAACGCCAACCUGGGACUGCACAUCAACGACAAACCUCCGGAAGCCCAUGACCAGGUCGGAAUGCGGCCACAGAAACCUGGAGAUAAUCGCCGGGAAGUCGGGACGAGGUUCCGCCACCACUCCUGGCUGGACCCACAGAGAACCCGAGGCUGGGUCCUCUCAGCCGGCAACAGAGCCUUUGGGACAUCAACCAAACGCCAGGACAACUCGGAGUCAAGCUCUCACACACAGUGCCACAGCCGCCUCACGUUAAUGGUGGAACACCGGGAACUACGAAUCUUACAGUACAACGUUCAGAAGUCGAGAGACGUCGUCAUGGCCAACUUGUUCCAAGACAACAGAACUCUAGAAUACGACAUCCUGGCCAUCCAGGAACCCUGGCGAAACCCAGUCAUUGCCACGUCCUAUCACCCCUUGAAAACACAUUUCCAACUAACCUACCUCGACAACGCGGAAACGCGGGUUUGCUUCUACAUCAACAAACGAAUCGAUUCCGGUACAUGGUGUGUUUCAUACAUUUCCAAGGACAUCAUAUUAUUAAAACUCUCCAAUCCCCGCAUCGACAAAACCAUCCAUAUCUUCAAUGUCUACAACGAAGUGGGCACAGACACGAUCUCAACACUAGCCGAAGCCAUCCGGGAACUAGACCCAAACAGCGAUACCGUCGUUCUUGGCGACUUCAACCUCCACCACCCUCUAUGGUCAGCAGAACACCGUCGGUCAGGAUAUGGGCCGAGUGCCCAGCCCCUACUCGCAGUCAUAGAGGAAUUUGGCCUACAGCUUCUCACAGUACCAGGCACCCCAACCCACCGGUGGAGCGGGGGGGAAACAACGAUUGACCUGACCCUUGCCACGGGGGUUGUGGCAUCCCGUGUGAUCCACUGCAGGAUCGACAGGAAUCUGGAUUGCGACUCUGACCACCUCCCAAUUUCCUUGGCGACUGAUUGGAACUGGAAACCGGCGACUAUGGUUAGGAAGCGCCUAUGGGCGAAGACUGACAUAACAAAACUUCGACGCACCGUCGAACGACACCUCCCGCAGCUAUGUGAUAGCACAGAAUUGAACGACAAGGAAAGCAUCGAGGGACUGGUAUCAUCGAUCGUCAAUGCACUGGAGGCAGGUAUCGAGGCAUCGACCCCGUGGUCUAACCCAUCUCCCCGAUCCAUUGCAGGGUUCAACCAGGAGUGCAAAGAGAUCUGUACGGAAGUUCAGCAACUCCGACGAACGUGGCAGCGGACAAGGCAAGAAGACGACUACGAGGCUUACCGCCAGGCACGCAACAGGAAAGGUCGACAUAUUCAAAAACUCCUCCGCGACACUCACCGCGAAAGAGUAGAGAAGGCAUCCUCAUCACAACAGGGCUUGUGGAACCUAGUCAAAUGGGCCAAGAACAGGCACAACACGGCGGCAGCAUGCACCCCGGCGCUAGUCAAACCAGACGGAGAGCUUGCCCAGCAGCCCGAAGAAAAGGCUGAGGUGCUGCGCCAGUCCUUCUUCCCGCCCCCAUGUCAAGCGGACCUCUCGGACGUGGAAGGACACGUAUAUCCGCCCCCGAUCGAGUGCCCAGACAUAACUAUGCAUGAGAUCGAAAGAACCAUACGAAGAGCGGCCCCGAACAAGGCCCCCGGCAUCGAUGGCAUCACCAAUGGUGUGCUGCAUCAAACGCUUGACCUUCUCCUCCCAGCACUCUACGUACUCUUCAAUGCAUGCCUUCAGCAGGGCUACUGCCCCAUACACUUCAAGGAUUCGGUUACAGUAGUUCUACGCAAGCCUGGUAAAGACGACUAUGCGCAGCCCAAAGCAUAUAGACCAAUUGCCCUCCUCAGUACCCUGGGGAAGGCAAUGGAGGCUAUCAUUGCCAACCGGCUUGCAUACCUCGCUGACGUCCAUGAAUUACUUCCCAGCCGACACACGGGAGGUCGGAAACUCACUUCGACAGAACAUGCGAUGCAUUUCCUACUUCAACGGAUACAUGAAGCAUGGGCAGAAGGUAAGGUAGCCUCUCUACUAUUGCUCGACGUGUCCGGAGCAUACGAUAAUGUAUCCCGAGAACGGCUUCUCCACAAUCUCAGGAAACGGCGGGUCUGCCAGAACAUAGUGCGCUGGACGGAGUCGUUCCUAUGUGACAGAUCCACCACACUCAAACUGCAGGAGUACACGGCACCCUCGGCGCCCAUCCAAACGGGGAUUCCACAAGGAUCACCCGUCUCGCCAAUUCUCUACCUCUUCUACAAUGCGGACCUCAUCGAGGCAUGCAAAACAGAAGACACGGAGGCAGUCGGAUACAUCGACGACGUAUCCAUCCUGGCAGUGGGCCCAAGCGCGCAGCGCAAUUGCAAGAUCCUCAAAGGCAUCCACCGAAAGGCGGAAAGAUGGGCAAUGAAACAUGGGUCCCAGUUCGCACCCGCCAAGUACGAACUCAUCCACUUCACGAGAGAUCCAAAAAUGAACUGCACGCAUGCCCUCCGUCUGCCACACGCCACGGUCAACGCUUCGCCCUCCUGCCGUUACCUAGGCAUCCAAAUGGACACCAGACUCCGCUGGGACUCCCAUCGAGAGAAGGUGGAAGCACGCGCCACAAAGCGGCUCUCAGCCCUGUCGGCCAUAGCGUCGUCGACGUGGGGCACUGGACUCGCCAACCUCCGGCAGGUCUACAGAGCAAUGAUCGUACCUCAGAUGCUCUAUGGCUGCUCUGCCUGGCACAUUCCCGGCAGCAGCCGCACUGGUAGGGGCAGCUCAAUGGUGAAUGCUAUCAUGAAGGUUCAGAGACGAGCGGCCCAGAUAAUAACGGGAGCUUUCCGGACUACAGCUGGAGCAGCGGUGGAUGUGGAAGCGCAUCUGCUCCCGGCGCAACAACAGAUCGAGCAAGCGGCCCUGGAGAGCGCGAUGCGCAUCAGAACUAGCCCACUCUAUGGUGACAUGACCUCGGCCGGAACCAACGUGAAGAGCCCCCUGGACCAACUCUCGAACAUUCUGGAAAGGAAAUACAGGGUGAACCUCAGCCGCCUCGAGAAACGCCAACCACACUUGGUGCCACCGUGGUGGACCCCGCCUUUCGUCCGAAUCGCUGGAUCUGCCGACGAGGCCAUCGAGGAGCACGAUGAGGCGGAACCGGUAACAAUACGCAUCUACACCGACGGUAGCGGCAUCAACGGUCACGUAGGUGCCGCCGCCAUCGCACCUGAGCUCCGGAUCAAUGGCGUCAACGCGAGGCGUCUAGAGUACAUGGGUUCAUCCAAAGCCUCAACAGUUUACGCGGCGGAGCUGAAGGGAAUAGUGUUGGCACUGCAAAUACUACGCGACGUGCAUGCAACCAGCAGCGCUCCCAGAAAGAGCGCCAUCUUCACCGACAACCAGGCCGCCAUUCAAGCUCUACAGAACCCCAAGACUCCGUCGGGACAGUACCUCCUGGCGGAGGCCAUCCAGGAGCUGGAUAACCUUCGAAGCCAAGGAUGGGAGCUACAGUUCCGUUGGAUCCCGGCACAUAUCGGCGUGCCUGGAAACGAAGCGGCAGACCAAGCAGCAAAAGAAGCUGCCGGAUAUGACGCGGUGACAGGAGCACGCUGCGGACCACAAAUCGAACACGACACACUACGGACCUUGAUAGCAACCACAAAACUCACCGUUCGUCAAGCCAUACAAGACGAGUGGACGAUGGCGUGGRACACAGCUAAGCACGGCAGAGAGCUACACAAGCUCGGGGUACGACCGGGAAAAGCGACACUUGACAAGCAUCAGGGGACGCACCGAGCCAUCAGCUCAGUGAUCACCCAGAUGCGCACCGGCAAAAUCGGCCUCCGGGCCUAUCUAAGCGCCAUCAACAAAGCCGAGACCGACCAAUGUCAGUGCGGCCGCGGACCACAAACAGUACGACACAUCCUGCUCGAAUGCAGGAACUGGAUAGAGGAACGACAGGAGAUGUGGGCAGGCAAGCAACCAUGUGUGGACAUCAAGAAGAUUCUCUGUAAAUCGUCAAUGGCAGUACAAGCAGCAAAGAUGCUACUCAGGACGGGGCUGCUCGGACAGUUCCAAGCGGUCCCGGCCACAGUCCUCAACACAUAA